AGCAGUUUCAAAGUUUUUUUUACGUGGAACUGUGCUAGACUUUCGCCGUUGCAGCAUAUGUAUGCAUGUAUCCCUUGGUGGGUCAAUAUUAGGUUAAAUUAUGUUUAUGAGCUUUUGCUACAAUGUGUCCGUAGUGAUAGGGUCCUUACAAAGACCAGCAGUGUACAGUAGCCAACCCAGACAGGAAGGACUGGUGAGAGGGCGAUGUGGAAGUUAGCUAACGUUACCUCGGUUCAUUAAAGCUGCUGUGAAAGGUGAAGUUUGCUGUGUAGCUACCUGUCGACACUUUUUUUGUUUUGAGCUAUAAUCUUUAAGGAAUUGGUGAAACGCGACCAAACAGGUUAUAUAGCUAUGAUGUGCUAAUAUAGAAGACAAGUAGCUAUUUAGCUAAACAGCUAGCUAGCCAGCUAGCGAAUUCGUUAAUGCAGGAAACUGACCAAAAAGGCCGAGCCUCUGAGGAAAUAUAUCGUACAUAGCCAGCUAACACUAUAUGUAACCGAUAAGUAGUGUCAAACGAGGACAAAGCGCAUACGAACGUCUUAAAAGCUAAUGUUAAAUGGUGUGUAAAGUCACUUUUCAUGUUGGCUUCUAGUUAACUGUUACCGAACUUAAAAGCUAGCUAGGUGCUAAUUGUUUAGGUAGCUGGCUAACAUUAUCAAAUUGGCAAGCUAGGUAACGUUGUACCUGAUUUUAAAUGGCACCAAGCUAGCUAGCUGUUAGAAAGAGUGCAUCUUGACGAGCUCCGAGACAGAGCUAACUUAGCGUUACACAAAACAAUAAAACAACUGCGAGAGCCGUGUUAGCCACACGUUGUACAUGUCGUUAGUGUAAUAUACUAAGUUACUUGUUAUCUUACAGCGCACUGGAAAAGGGUUGAAAUGUAGAUACUUUUCGCUAGCCAUUUAGUACGAGAUGGGCGCUAUCUAGCUGAUGUCAAAAGCUUUCUUCCGUCAUUGUUUUUGCUCUAACAAAAUGACAGUGAAAUAAAAAAAAUUCAGUGUAAAUCAAGUGGUUAGCUAUGUAGCUAAUUUUACUAACUUGACUUAAUAACACUAGAAAUAUGGUGUGGCUGGCAAGUUUCCCCAGGAUUGGAAAAAAAUGAGCUGUAGCUAGCUAACUUGGCUAGCUAGCUAACUAUGAAAACACUCGUCCACGCAGAGUUGCCAAGGUGAAUAAACAAGGAUCCAAAUGUACAUCAGGACCACACCGUUAACCUCGUUCAACUGGUGCAUAACGUUUUUCUAAAUUCUCAAAAAUGGGUGAUAUGAAGACCCCAGAUUUUGACGAUCUUUUGGCCGCCUUCGACAUCCCGGAUGCCACCGGUUUGGACGCGAAAGAGGGGGGCCACGAUGAGGCAGAGGGUCACCUGAAGUCCGGCGGGAUGUGCAUGGACGACGGCCUCCCCGGACACCACUCCGUGCCGGCCCUGGACGUCCCUGCCGUCAGCGUGAUCGUGAAGAACACAAGCCGCCAGGAGUCCUUCGAGGCCGGUGUGGAGAAGGAGGCCGUCCGCCAGGCGCAACUGCUGCCCAACGGGUUCCGCUGCGGCGGGGCCGCGGCCUUGGACUACCACCACCUGGGCCACGGGAGCUACGGCAAGCUGGAGCCGUCGUUCCUGAACGGGGACAGCUCGAGGGGCCCUCCGGAAAACGCGUCUGUCCACAGGCCUGACAGAAUGCUGUCCUUCUCCCAGUUCAGCCCCAUCUCCAGCCCAGAAACGGAGGACGCUCAGGGGAAUGGGGUCGAAGGUCAUCAGAAACAAGAGGAGAGGCCGUACUUCCCCGCCGCCGCCAGCCUGUUUGAGCCCAUGGAUCCCUCGGAGCUGGACAAUCAGAGGAAGCUGCUGGCGUACAGCAUGUUUGAUAACUGCCACAAAAGAGAAGUUGUGAACGAGCAGGUGAACAGCCUCGAGAGACUGGUGGUGUCCAACAGACCGGAGCAGACCAGGACUGAGGAACGUUCAGAGGGCCUCAACAGAGAUCAUACCAAAAGUCCAGGGUUUCUAAGCAGUCAGGCUCUCUCCCUGGAGGACCUUCACGGCACAAGCAUUGAAGAGACAAGCAGCUUUCCCUUGUCGGAGACUGGUGUAGGGGUGUCCCACCAGGCCGUCAGGACGCCGGCCUCCAAACUGUCCUCUUGCCUGGCAGCGCUUGCAGCCCUGAACGCCCAAAAGGACGCCGAGUCUUCAAAGGAAAAAAAAGCGAAGCCCAGAGAGCCACCGGUGUCUGUGAAGGAAGUCCCCAAGGCUGGCCCCGUGGUGCCCAAGUCCCCUAAGAGCCCGAGGAGUCCGCUGGAGGUGGUGAAGCGCUUCAUGAAGCAGCCGGACAGCCCCAUGAGCGCCUGCAGCGACAGCAGCGGCAAGGCUUCCCCUUCGGUUGCUACGGGCUCUCCCCCGGCCAUACCGCGAGUCCGAAUCAAGACCAUAAAGACGUCGUCCGGACAGAUCAAGCGCACCGUGACCAGCGUGCUGCCCGACUCCGAGCUGGAGGACCUCCUGUCUCCUGCCGAUUCGACCGCGUCGCAGUACACUGCGUCUGCUGAGGAGAUGUCGCCCAGUCCGCUGCCGAGGCCCCCUUCGCGUAAUCUCGUCGCCGACCUCGUUUGCGAAAAUGGAAAGAGCAAACCCUCCUCCCAAACGAUGCCUGCGGUGACGAUGAUGCCGUCCGCUUGCCUCCCGUCAAAAGUCCCCAGCGUCAGAGCUGAGGGAGGCUUCAAGAAGAGGGCAAGAGCCCAGUCUUCCCCCACUUUGCAGAAUGCCAGUAGUGCCCUGCUGAGGGCAGUUAACGUAGUGCAGCAGCAGCAGCAGCAGUACAGGCAGCAGAAGGCUGUAUCCGUCCAGUUGGGGAGUGCCCCCAACACAAACUUCCUCCCCAAAGCCGUUCACCUGGCAAACCUAAACCUGGUUCCCCACAGCGUAGCAGCCUCGGUUGCAGCGAGAUCCACCACCCAGCGACCCAACCAGCCCCAGCUUUCCAACCCCACAGUGUGCAGCACGGUCCCUCUGGUGCAUCAAGUCAAAAAUGCCACGCCUCUGCCAUACACGGCCCUCCCCAGCCAAGCCGUAGACACCUUGAACAGGCUAUUGAACGCCACCAACCCGGUGCCAACGUACGUGCCCAAUUUAAACCCGCCCCCGGAGAGCGGCAUCGGCCUGCCCGCAUGCGGGUACCGCUGCCUGGAGUGCAGCGACUCGUUUGGGCUGGAGAAGAGCCUGGCCCAGCACUACAGCAGGAGGAGCGUGCACAUCGAGGUGGCCUGCAUGCACUGCUCCAAGACGCUGGUGUUCCUCAACAAGUGCAGCCUGCUGGCGCACGCCCGGGAGCACAAGAGCCAGGGCGUGGUCAUGCAGUGCACCCAGCUGUUCAUGAAGCCCAUCCCUGCCGACCAGAUGUUCGCCCCCCCUCCCGGCGGCUCUGCCGCGCCCACGGCCGCCGUCUCCCGGGUCUCCGCCUCCGGCUCCGGCUCCGCCUCUCCGGCCCCGGCAAGUUCAGCCAAGAUCAAGCCGGUUAUGCCUUUGUGUCCGGAUAAAAUCAUCCGCCAGGGGCUCAGGUGUCUGGAGUGCAACAAGCAGCUGGCUGAUUCCAGGUCGCUGGUGGGUCACUACCAGAGAGCUUCCGAGGAGACCGAAGGACUGACAUGCAAGCUGUGCCCAAUGCUGCUGCCCAACAAGUGCAGCUUCCGGGCCCACCAGCGCCUCCACGCUCACAAGUCCCCGUACUGCUGCCCGGAGUGCGGGGCGGUCAGCCGCUCCGUGGACAUCCAGAAGCACGUCCGGGAGAACUGCCUCCACUACGCGCGCAAGAUCGGGCACAAGUGUCUUCACUGCGAGAUGUUCUACAUGUCCGCCAACGUCCACAAGAGGCACGUGGAGGAGAAGCACUGCGAGGUCUUCUACAAGUGCUCGCUCUGUCCGGUCGCCUUCAAGUCCGCAGACGGCUGUCUGAUGCACAUUAAAAAUAAGCACAACGCCAGCGAUCUGUCCCCGCAGCUAAUCUACAAGUGUGCCUGCGAAACGGUUUUUAAGAAGAAGCAGCUGCUCUUCCAGCACUUCCAUCAGAACGCUAAGAAGCACUGCGUGUUCAAGUGCCCCGAGUGCACCGUGGUCUUCACCCAGAAGCAGCCCCUGAUGCAGCACUUCAAGGCCAUGCACGGAGGCGCGUCGAGGGCGGCCGCGGACGGCCCGAGCGCGAAGCGCACGGAGGAGGCUCCACCGCCGCGCCCGGACCCCGUCAACGCCCCGCCGCGCCAGCCCAGCGCCUACGGCUCCAGGCCGGCGACGGCGGCCGGCCAGAGAGACGGCCCGGCCGCGCUCCGGCCCAACAGCAAGCUGAACCUGAGGAACGCCGGCUGGACCUGCGGGGAGUGCCUGCACUGGCUGCCCGACCGAGACACCUACGUGUCCCACAUGAAGACCAGCCACGGGAAGUCUGUGAAGAGAUACCCGUGCCAGCAGUGCGACAGGUCUUUCAACUCCUCCACCAGUCUGAGGCGCCACCUCCGCAACGACCACAUGGGCAAGAAGAAGGUCUACACCUGCUGGUACUGCACAGAUGAGAAGAUGACCUUCACCAAGCAUUUCAUGCUGAAGAACCACAUCAGCCUGAUGCACGGCAUUAAGAACCCGGACUUCAGCCAGAUGACCAACGCGGCUCCACAGGGGCCCGGCCAGGGCCCAGGAGAGGGGCCUGGCGCUAAGAGGAAAGGGGAAGACGCGGCGGGGGAGGGGGCGGGUGGCGCCGCCCCGGAGGCCGCCCCGGCGAAGCGCCCGAAGCCGCAGUUCCGCUGCGCCAAGUGCGGCUUCGCCACCGAGGACGACGCCGACUUCCAGCAGCACAUACCUCAGCACCGGGCGGACGACCACUCCCCGCAGUGCUCCCGCUGCGGCCUGUGCUUCGCCUCGCGGCUGGCCCUCAGCCGACACCUCUUCAUCGUGCACAAGGUGAAGCAGCCCGAGGAGGAGGUAGAGGAAGAGGAAGAGGAGGAGGAGGAGGAAGAGGAGGAUGCCAUUGAGCAAGAGCAGGACGAUGAGGGAGAGGGGGCCAGGUCACCCCGCGCGGGUGAGACAACGGACUCGGCGCCCCCUGCAGGACAGGCCGCUCCCUGCACGGCGGAGUGGGGAGGGAGGGGCGGCGACGCUGGCGGCGAGGCGCCCGUUAGCGAGCCGAGCCCCGGCUCCCGCGCGCGGCCCGAGGAGCGUCUGUCCUGAGGGCCCAUCCCGGGCGACGAAGUGAACACGGACACGACCAUACAGCUGCUAUCCCCAAAACGAGCCCCAGACAGCUGACCAAGGACACGCACAGUCCUAGCAUCCAAGCAGCUUGAAAAAUGUGGUACUUCAAGUCGGUUGCCUUACAGUUUGCGUGUAUUUUACGUUCCUGAACGUACACUAUAAUGCCUCGUACACAAUUCAAUAUUGAGUAACGACUCAGACGUUAUGACACAGACUAGGUGCGGGAGUCCAGAGUUUAUUCAUUUGAACUGAUAGCAUCUUGUCUGCUUUUUUGUCUUUGUUUCUGUUUGAUGAAAGUUGAAAUUCUGAAAUUUCCUUUACCUUUUGAAGCCUGUUUUCUUCCCACAUAGUAUUAUGUAUGUUUAUUAGCUGUGAAAUCGUACACGGACAGUACAGCACUGCUGUGCUUUACAGAUUCGUCUGACUAAGGCGUAGGGAGGCUUUGAAGCAGUGGUACAUGCAAAAUGCUUCCAGUCCGUUUGAGUGCAUUGGCUCGGACUGCAAGGGCACCUCGGCACGUUUUCGCAAAUGUUGUCAGUAAUUUACUUACCGUCCUUCGGUAUACACCUCUGAUUGGAUUAUAUGAACGAGUGAAAGAAAUAGAUUAUGCAUUGAACCCAAGGGAAAGCGAGUAGUUGGACAAGUCGAGCACACAGCAGGCUACUGACCACAUUCCAAAACAUCCUGGCAUGCUACCUAGAGUGCGCAGGAGCGUGGAAAUCUGUGGCUGAAGAACAGUUACGAAACUCAAGCCUGCAGGCAUGCAUCAGAGUCUACUGAUGUGGUUUCAUGUAUUUGGGAGGACUUGUCCUUCCCAGAAAUCCUCACAUUCAGGUGAAGGCAGCAGUAAUGGGGGGGGGGGUCAAAAUGUUAGUGACUUGCAAGUUUUCUUUCAUUUACAUGCAUGCCGGUUAAUUUUGAUGGCCUCUUCUGAUCCAUUGGGAAUUGUCUAAAUACCGCAAAUAUACAUAAGGGGUGUUCCCAGUCAAACCAGCCGCGAUAAAGGCAUGCAUGGUACACACUUAGAUGCUUGCCAGCAUAGACUCCCCACUACAUUUGGCAGUGCAUAGUGCCAGGUACUCGUAUUGCGUAGCGUGCAGUACGUGUUUUGGAGCACAGCCAUUGGCUUUUACAAGGCUUAAUCAUUAGCAAGCGAUUUGUUCGACUCAUAAUGACGUCAUAGGUGCCCUUUAAAGAAAAAGGCCAGUUCCACACUGAAAAAAUGGUUGCAUUCUGUCAGUAUUGAGUCUUUGCUGAUAUCUUGCAUUCCCAAAUUGGAAACAAUUUUGGUUGCAUCCAGCCAUCGGCAUUUUUACAUCCAUUCCAUACCAAAAAAGAAGUUUGGUACACAUUUUAAGUGUGCCAUUCUCACAACCAAAGUAGCACUUUCCAUGCAAGGUAAUUGUAUAUGCAUCGUAGAGGAGAAUGUUUUCUGUAAUAAAUGUAUUUAUUUUCUCACAUGACAUUAGCCCUGCAAUCUUUAUAAUGCCAUAAUUGCUGACAUAUCAACAGUUGGGGAGCAAAAAAAUAAUCCACAUUUACCCCAAGCAUUUGGCAUUGCUCGUCAAGUUAGCAUAUUUUGGUUUAAUAGGAAGCUUCAUGAGUUAUUUUGCUUUGGAAAUUGUUCGCUCGAGUGUGGUGUUGGAGAAGGAAUGGCAGAUGUGUAUAUAUAUAUGUGUGUGUGUAGAACAUCUGGUACUUUUGAGUACAGCUCAAUCGUUUCAUGUUGAGAGAAUAGUCCACAUACAGUGAUUGAGCGCAAGACAUGAUCUGGAAUGUGACAUCACUGUUGUAGGCAGUUUAUUAAAUUGAAAUGGUAAAUUGCUGUUUGAAUGGCGUUUGCAUGCAGGGGGAAUAUGUGAUAAUUUAACAUAUUAACACGCUUCUGUGACUGCAACCUCAACAGCUGAUUCUACCUCUAUAGCGUUCAGAGGUGAGUUGAGUAGGAUACAUCUUGGGAAGCAAGUGACCGUUUUUUGUAUGGCUGCAUUUUUAAAGUAGUGCUUCACGGAAAAUAUCUCCCAUAUUACUCAAUUUUAUAAAUUACUUUGGAGAUUGCUAUUUAUGGUCAUAUUGACUUUUUCCAUGUGAAUCUUCUAUUAUUUAAGUGCUGUUUAACUUUGUGCAUUUUCUUUUCACAUGUUAAUAGCAUUAAGUGUAUUUUUUUUCCCUUUCUUCCUUUCCAUAAAACCGUCUUUAACUGUUUACUGGAGAGUAAUUUAAAAUAUUUAUCUUGAUGAACAGAGAUUAUUAUACCCCUUUGAAUUUCUGCAAUUUUGAUACAGCUUAUCCAGAGGAGCUUUGUACUUUUUGAUAAAUGUGUACAUUAGUAUAAAGGACCUUGUACAUGCUAGCUUGUGUACAUAGCAAAUGCAAUUGAUGUGUCUAUACCAGGGUCCCCUCCCCACAAGCCAUCGCAUAUCUAUUUAACUUGCAUUGGACUUUGUGCCUUGCUCUUAUGUUUACUUCAUAUUAUGGUAAAUAAAAUCCAUUAUGUAAUUAA